AUCAACAGAAAUCAAAGGCACAUAACAUAUUACGUAACAAGAGAAGUUCAGUGAAGAAUUCAAGAACAAUGACAGAUUCAGAUUGUACGGAGUUUGAGAGAACGAAACCCAGAAAGAGGCGUCAAAAGCUUAUUAAGCGUCCAAUUUCAAGAUCAAAAACUGUUUGUGAUUAUUUAGAAGAACUGUAUAAAAAGAAGGGAUCCAUAAGAGAAGACGCACUAGGCAAAUUGAUCAAUGAAUUUAAGAAAGCGGUGCGAUAUGAAUUUGCUCAGAAUAUUUGUGUUACUUUAACACACCGAUGCGAAAAUUCGUUGAAGCGGGGUUCUGCUUUGGAAAUUGAUCUUGCACUACAACUUAUAGGAUUGUUAGCAAUAACACUUGGGGCUGGAGAUCAUGCACAUGAGAUAUAUGAAUAUUCACUAGAGUUUCUUCCUCAAGUUCUCAAAUCCAAGUCAUCUCAUUCUGCCAAGGUAUUAGAAUGUUUGGCUAUUGUCACCCUUAUUGGUGCCAAAAAUACUGAUGAAACAGAAAGAUCCAUGGAGAUUAUUUGGAAAAUCAUGAAUGAAAAAGAGACAAAACCCAGUGUUGUUGCUGCAGCAAUAUCUGCCUGGUCUCUUCUCCUUUCAGAAAUAAAUGGAUGGUGUGUUAAUCACAAGAAAUGGAAAGGGUUGUUCUCGUAUUUGCUGAAACAACUAGAGGAAGAUUAUGAUCAAAAUGUCAAUUCUGCCUGCGUAGAAGCACUUGGUGUAAUUUUUGAAAAUGGCAGCCUUGAGAAAUUUUCAGAUGAUGCAGAAAAUUAUGCAAACUUAAAAGACAUGAAAGAUGAUAUAUUGAUAAGAGCUUCAAGUGUUACCAAAGAAAAUGCUUUAAAACUUCUUGAGGAUAAUAGUGAAAAGAAAAUCACACUCACAAUAUGUGAAACUACAUUGACCUUAAGCACUUUUUCCCUCGUGAAGCAGAUUAAUUAUUUAAAAAGAUAUCUAGGCGAUGGCUUUAAAAAUCACAUGAAGGAUAACGAGCACCUCCAUAAUAUUUUUCAAUUUUGGCCAGAGACAACUUCUGAAGAUGGCGAAGAUUUGUAUCAACCCGAAUUUGAAGGGGUGGCUCUUCGGGUUUUUGCACCUCACAUUAGAAGGGAAGCUUGCACAAAGAGGAUUUCCAUGUCGCCUAGUUCUUUCCUGAGCAAGGCAAAUACUCAAUUGAGGAACAAGUACAGGAUGCUUGCAGAGAAGACUAAGGCUGGAGAAUAUGGAGUUGAUCAAGAGUUUGAAUAUGAUGAAUACUAGUUGUAUUAAGAUAUACUAUAAACCGUGUGUUUUGUUACAGUACUCCUAUGGAACAAUUAUUUAUUUAUUCAAUUCAA